CCAGGGACUGAAGAUCCAACCCAUCGGUGGAAAUAUCGCCCGCAUCGUCAUGUGCGGGUUCAUGAAAGCUGGUGACCCGACGAUGACCUGCGGGAUCUACACGACAAAGACAUACGAUCUCAUCCGACAUCGUGUUGCACACUUGUACUAUGAGUGCCUCGUCUCAGAACUCGACGAGAUCCCCCCUGGGGGAGGCCUUGUCUUUGGCGGGUUCCAUGUCGAGCUCCCGACCUGCCCCACCUGCGGAAAGACCUUUACGCGAUACGACAGCUUGCAACGACAUGGGAAGCGCACGGACACUGCCUGCUUCGCGCCCAACUUUGAACGCUACUCGGGCGAGCGCGAGAACAAAGUACGCCGAUUAGAGAUCCUCCGUCGUGAACUGGAGAAAAAUGUCGGCAUGCAGUACUGGAUUAAUACCCCUCAGCCGCUACCCAAGACCGUCAAAGCCAAAGUCGGUAUCCGGAAUGGCGGCCCUGGGCUGGGGAGCUGCGUGCUGGAAAUCCUCAGUGUCGAGGAGACCUAUGCACCGCGAUACGAGUUUACGACGGUGAAGGACGGAAAGGAACUUCAGGUCAGGCUGCUGGAUCAUAAUGAACCGGGAGGGAUACCGUUCUAUCGACCGAUGAAGGGGAGUUACGACCCUAACCCGAACGGAAAGGGGUUGGUCCUUCCGCCGGCGGAUGCGUGAGACACGACGUGGAUUUCUUGGAUCAUGUUUUGACGGAUGGACAAUGCGUGGACGAGAAUGUCUUGGAUGAUGUCUGAACGCAUUUGGAUACGAUUGAGAAUGGACCUGGGCAGUUUUUCCCAAAAUCGCCAGGGUACACCGCUGGCAACGGUAAGCUUCUUGCAUGUUCGCACAUAUGGCGAUUGUUACGACAUUUUUUGUAUAUACAUGGAUACAUCGACACAAGCCUCUGUGAGAAUAAG